UCCGAUUCCAAACAAGUGGAAUAGAAAGAUGACUUUAGCGUUGUCAAAAGAAAAAGGCAACGGAUCACUAAUGUUUCCUAUUACUCAAGAAAAAGCAAAGAAACACAAAAGAAUCUUGCACGACAUCUUUCUCCAAACACUGAAAAGUAUAAUCAAAGAAUACUCUGUUUAUAAACAUCUAAAUUCGACCCAAAAUCAAGAUCGAGCAGUUCUGAUCUGGGUUUCGAUCAAAUUUCCCAAAGGAGAAAACUUUCCCGCAAAAAACAAAUCCAAAGAUUUGGAGUUUCCGAAGCAUCGGUUCAUCUCUGGAGAUGAAUAGUUCAAGUUCAAGUUCAAGGGCAGAAUCAAUGAAGCCCGUGAUUCUGAAAACCGGUGUGGCUUUGAUUGUGUCAGCGACUGGCCUGAUUCUCGCCAGGUUCAUGACGAGGAGAGAGGAUGAACAGGUAAUAACUUCUUCUGCAAGUAAUCCAGAAUCUUCUUUAGCUUGCAGAGAAGAAGAUGGAGAAGAAACAGGGUUGAUGGAAGAUUCCCAAACCCGAGAGGAGAAUGACUAUGAGCAGGAGAUUCUCAGCUUGAAAACCCGUUUCGAGCAGAUUCAGAAGAAGGAAAAUGAGAUGGAGAUGAGUUUUCAGAAUUACUGUAACUCAAAAGACAGAGAAAUCAUGCUUGUGGAGCUUAAGGGAAUGCUGGUUUUGGAGAGAGCUCGUCUCGAAUUCUUCGGCAGAGAAGUUUCAGCAAUGGAGGAGGAGAACAAGAGGAUUCAAGGUAUGGCGAUUGUGUAUCUGAAACUCGUGGAGAAGAUACAAUGCCUAAGAUCAGAACAGGGUUUGCUCCGGAGCAAGGCAAAGAACCUCACGAGAAGAGCAAAGGAUCUUUCGUGCAUCGUAAAAGAGAAGAACGCAAGGAUGAGGGGUGUAGAGCGGAUGCUGUUGAAGAGUCUUGAAGAAUUGGAGAUGAAGAACAAGUCUGCAAUCAAAAUGGAAGCUGAAAUCAAAGAGCUGGAAGCCACUAUCCGUAGAUUGGAGGAGGAGAAGAAGGGCUUACAGAGUACAUCAUCUGACCCCAUACCAGAAAUACUAUAUGAAAAGACGAGAAACACACUGGAAGAUUACAAAAGAUUGUUAGAGGAACACGAGAAUCUGAAGAGGGAGCGUGCGGACGAAGCGAAGGAUAUGAUUAACCUGAAAUGGAGCAAUGUGUGUCUAAGGCACGCGUUGAUGAGGUACCGAGAGGGGGACGACCAAGAGAACGAUGUCUCUUUCGAGGGGGACGAUAAUUUCCACCGUCACAUGAGUCUGGAGGAUCAAAUGGCGUUGGAAGCGGCCGAGGAAGAACGUCAUCACGAGCAUGAAGAGCGUGGUAAACACGAAACCUCGAGAAGGAAAAGGCUGAUGAAGAGGCUGAAGAGAUGGGUCGAAGGGGGUGAGAAAGGCAAAGCUAAGUCCGAGGAAAGAUGCUUCGGGAUGCAUUCUCCUCUCGUGGCCGAACCCGAAGAAGGGAAAUCUGUUGUUCUUGCAAGAAGGUCCUGUUCAAGCGCGUAGACACGUUUCUAUUUGUAUGUGUGCAAUGAUAAAGCCCGAAUGGAGCUUUAGAGGUUUCUCUGUUUUCAUACACAAAUUGUCAACACGUGUAAUUUAUAGAGACUACUAAUACUCAGCUCCAAAUUUUAUUA